UUCCGCAAUCUACACUCGUUUUUUGAUAAUUCAUAGAGGAGAAACGCCGACCGAAAUUCGUUUGUAACUCCCUCGAAACGUUUUAAUCGUGUGCCUACGACCAUAUACUGAUUGUAUUUUGAUCACCAGUAACCGUAUAACCUAAAGAAAUUAUUGUAGGAUCGUUUGUCGUAGUGAUGGACCAUUGAUAUUGCGGUCGCGCACGGGUCAUUGCAGCGGUAGCGUAGUAGUGUUGAAAAUUUAAUACCAGCAGUAGUGUGCGUUUUUUCGUACGUUCCACAGUUCGCCCAGGAUUACAGUGUGUGUUCGUGUGUGACAUCGCGCGCUUCCAAACAUCGGUAAAUUAAAGAAAAAAGGCGACCGUCGGCCUUCCAACAGGAGCCGAAUAAACGUCGUCAUGGAACAAAUACCUACAUCAAGCGACGGCAGUGGAAACGCCACGGCUGCACCGUCGUCAGCCGGCCUCUCGUCCUCGCCGUCGUCGUUCACGCCCCCGACACCCGUCCAGCCCUCGGACCACAAUUGCAUCGACAAGAGAUUGCAGUCUGUCUCCGAGUCGGAAUACCAGGACGAAGAGUACGACGAACCCGAUCAAAUGUACUUGUCUGGUUCCGAGGAAGAAAUAUCCGAAGUUGGAUCAUUUGGUCUAGAUCACGAUGACCUAUGUGAAGAUCCUAAUAGUCGAUUAAAUUCAACUUUCCUAAUAGCUGCUGAUGAUACAGACACAGAACAAAGUGUAGAGGGUGACCCUGAUACCCAUCGUCAAUUAGAAGCUCUUUUACAAGCAGCAGGCUCUAUGCUGAGGCCCAGUCUUAAUAAACUUGGGGUACCAAUCGAAACUACUACUGACCCUGAAGUGCUGCGAAAACUAACAAAUAGUGUUUCUUGUGCUUUAGACGAAGCAGCAGCAGCCCUUACCCGAAUGCGAGCUGAAACAAAGAAUGAAAAUAAAACCUUAGUAGAAGCAUGCCAUGAUGGUGAUGUUGGUGCUGUCAGAAAAUUAUUAACAGAAGGUCGAUCUGUCCAUGAAACAUCAGAAGAAGGUGAAAGUCUGUUAUCCUUAGCCUGUUCAGCGGGUUAUUACGAAUUAGCUCAAGUUUUACUUGCAAUGCAAGCAAAUGUCGAAGAUCGAGGUAUUAAAGGAGAUUGUACUCCUUUAAUGGAAGCAGCAUCUUCAGGUUUUGUUGAGAUAGUUAGACUGUUGCUAGCCCAUGGAGCUGAUGUUAAUGCUUUAUCUUCAACUGGAAAUACUCCAUUAAUGUAUGCAUGUGCUGGAGGUCAUGUUGACACUGUUAAAGAACUUUUAAAUUAUGGUGCUAAUGUAGAAGACCACAAUGAAAAUGGGCAUACUCCUUUAAUGGAAGCUGCUAGUGCAGGCCAUGUCAUGGUGGCUAAAAUUUUGCUCGAACAUGGUGCUGGUAUUAAUACUCAUUCAAAUGAGUUUAAAGAAAGUGCACUUACAUUAGCAUGCUAUAAAGGUCAUUUAGAAAUGGUUCGAUUUCUAUUAGCUGCUGGAGCUGAUCAAGAACAUAAAACUGAUGAAAUGCACACUGCCUUAAUGGAAGCAUCAAUGGAUGGUCAUGUAGAAGUUGCUAGGCUUUUAUUAGAUUCUGGUGCUCAAGUUAAUAUGCCUACGGAUAGUUUUGAGUCUCCACUGACUUUGGCAGCUUGUGGUGGACAUGUAGAGUUAGCAUUAUUACUAAUUGAACGAGGUGCUAAUAUUGAAGAAGUAAAUGAUGAAGGCUAUACACCUCUCAUGGAAGCAGCUAGAGAAGGCCAUGAAGACAUGGUAUCUGUAUUAUUAAGUAAAGGAGCAAAUAUUAAUGCACAAACUGAAGAAACACAAGAAACUGCUCUUACAUUAGCAUGUUGUGGGGGUUUUUUGGAUGUUGCUGAUUUUUUGAUAAAAAAUGGUGCAAUCUUGGAACUUGGUGCAUCGACACCUUUAAUGGAAGCAGCUCAAGAAGGUCAUCUAGAUUUAGUUAGAUAUCUUUUAGAGUGUGGUGCAGAUGUACAUGCUCAGACAACCUCUGCUGAUACUGCCUUAACUUAUGCUUGUGAAAAUGGUCAUACAGAUGUUGCUGAUUUACUUUUGCAAUUUGGUGCCAAUCUUGAACAUGAAUCCGAAGGAGGUCGAACACCUUUGAUGAAAGCUUGUCGAGCUGGUCAUUUAUGUACUGUCCAAUUCCUAAUAUCUAAAAACGCUGAUAUUAAUAGAGUCACUGCUAAUAAUGAUCAUACACCUUUAUCUCUUGCAUGUGCUGGAGGACACUUAGCUGUUGUUGAAUUACUACUUGCAAAUUCAGCUGAUCCUUUUCAUAAGCUUAAAGAUAAUUCAACUAUGGUAAUAGAAGCUGCCAAGGGUGGUCAUACCAACGUUGUUAAAUUAUUGUUAGAUUAUCCUCAUUCUGUAAUGCUAACUCCUCCAGUAUCACCUGUACCUAAUACUUCAGCUCAAGAAACACCAAUUGUAGAUGAAUCAACCCUAUCUGAAGUACAGGUUAUGUCAAAAGCACAUGCUAUUGCUGGAAGAAUUGUAGAAAGUUAUGGACCUAAUGCUAAACAUAAUGCUAAUUCUUGUAUACAAAAAGCUAUUAUAAGAAAGGCACAAUUAAAUACACCUAGUUCUACAAGUGAACAUCAAUUCAAGAUUGAAUCACAAAAAGAUAGUUUAGCUACCAAAAAUAAUACCCCUUCACCCAAACCUCUUAUAAAUACUGCAGCAAUUGAGCAACAGUUAUUUAAAAGGCAACAAAUAGCUGAAGAUUUAAAGAGGGUAGAACAAGAAUUGAAGGAAAAUGGAAGCCUUUCAAUGGCUACAUUAAUGACAACACCACCUUCCUUAUCUUCAUCUUCACCUGGAGUUUUAGAUUCUAGUACAUCUUCUAAUGGUUCAACUUCAGGUGAUGUUUCUAAGGUUAGUCCUAGCCAACCUGUAUCUACUAGUUCAGAUGUUGUUCAAACUACAGCUAUUAGUGAUAGACCAAAAAUCAAAGCGAAGUUUAAAAAGAAACCAGCUCAACUUUCUAGUAAUUCCAAUGUUAACAAUCCAUCUCAGGCAACAUUAGAUGCUAAUUAUGCAAGAGGGGUUAUGGCUGGAGUGGCAGCAAUGAAACCUCAAUUUAAAGCUGAGUUUAUUGAAAGGCACUCGGGAGAUGGCUGUGAUAAAGAACUAGCUGCUCGUAUGAUUAAAUUUUGUGAAGAGCAAACAGCUAAACGUGAUGAUGGUCAUGCAAACUUAAAAGAAUUAAUGAUAAGUUCACUUAUGAGUGAACAUCUUUUGAAAGUCCGCAAAGACCUUCAAAUACCUGAUAAUAUGGUGAAAAAUUUAUUACCAUUAUCUGGUGCAUUACAUGAUAGUUUACCACAUAGUUCUACAGGAAUUCUACCUAUUCCUAGUGAACUAAAUACCCAGAUUGACUUAAAAGCUUUAAACUGUAUUGAUGCAGAUUUAAUUGAAAAUUUAGUUAGUGAAACUUUAACUCUUGAAGAUAUAUCAAAUUUACCUAAUAUUGAUGAAAGGUUACAAAAAGAAAUUCAAAAACAUCGAUGUAAUAUAAAUGCAUCUCCACCAGAUUCUACAUUAAGUAGUACAUUUUCUUCUCAAUCAUUCAAAAAUUAUGUUCAAAACCAAACAUCAAUUGACUUUAGAAUAAAAAAUUUAUCAUCUAUGGACAUAGCUAAUUUUGCAGGGGCAGUUUCACAAUUAAGUUUAGAUGAAUCUACAACUCAGUCAUCUGUAGUAGUACCUACAUUAAACAAUAUUGUACCUACUCAAGUAGCAGCAGCUACACAAACACAAUCUGAGUCUGUUACGUCUAACAAACGUUCAGCAACAAAUACAUCAACAACUACUGCUACAACAACCUCAACUAAUAAAGGUAAAAAGGCACGAUAUCAAGUACGCCCCCAGCCACCAAGUUUGGCCCCCCAAUCUGGGUCAAAUAAUACCCAAGCUUCCAAUUCUGUUGCCCAAUCGGAUGUAACCAGUUCUAGAUUCUCUACCACUACAGGAGAGUCUUAUGGAAGUGAUGCUGACAUAUCGUAUGGCAUAAAUGUUGACUCUCAAACUGAAAGCAAUCAUGAUACAGCCCUUACAGUUGCUUGUGCUGGUGGACAUGAAGAACUAGUCAAAUUACUUCUAGUGAGGGGUGCAAACAUUGAACAUAGAGACAAAAAAGGAUUUACUCCAUUAAUAUUAGCAGCUACUGGUGGCUUUGAUAAAAUUGUUGAAAUAUUACUAAAUAAUGCAGCAAACAUGGAAGCGCAGUCUGAAAGAACCAAAGAUACGCCAUUGUCAUUAGCUUGUUCUGGUGGUCGUUUAGAAGUCUGUGAACUAUUGCUUCAAAGAGGAGCCAACAAAGAACAUAGAAAUGUAUCAGAUUAUACUCCAUUAAGUUUAGCUGCUUCGGGUGGAUAUGUUAAUAUUAUUAAGUUAUUGUUAAACAAUGGAGCGGAAAUUAACUCUCGAACAGGUUCCAAAUUAGGAAUCUCACCUCUAAUGUUGGCAGCUAUGAAUGGUCACACGGCUGCUGUAAAACUUUUAUUAGAUAUGGGAAGUGAUAUCAAUGCUCAAAUUGAAACAAAUCGUAAUACAGCUCUUACCUUAGCUUGUUUUCAAGGUAGACAUGAAGUAGUUUCAUUAUUAUUGGAUAGAAAGGCUAAUGUAGAACAUCGAGCUAAGACUGGACUGACACCAUUAAUGGAAGCUGCUAGUGGUGGUUAUGUAGAAGUAGGUAGAGUAUUAAUAGAUAAAGGUGCUGAUGUUAAUGCUAAUCCAGUACCAUCUUCUCGUGAUACUGCAUUAACAAUAGCUGCCGAUAAAGGACAUGUACGUUUUGUUGAACUUUUAUUAGAAAAAAAUGCAUCUGUUGAAGUCAAGAAUAAAAAAGGGAAUUCUCCCUUAUGGCUAGCAGCAAAUGGUGGUCACCUAGGUGUAAUAGAAUUACUUUACAAAGUUGGGGCUAAUAUUGAUUCCCAAGAUAAUAGAAAAGUUACUUGUCUUAUGGCUGCAUUUCGUAAAGGUCAUGUUAAAGUCGUUAAAUGGAUGGUAAAUCAUGUGUCUCAAUUUCCUAGUGACCAAGAAAUGACAAGAUUUAUUGCAACAUUAAGUGAUAAGGAAUCCAUUGAAAAAUGUCAAGAAUGUAUGGUUGCUAUCCGUAUAUCUAAAGAUCAACAGGCUGCCAGAGCUAAUAAAAAUGCAUCAAUCCUUUUAGAAGAAUUGGAUAUGGAAAAAACAAAAGAAGAAUUAAAAAAAGCCUCAGCAGCUCGGCGUAAAAUGAAGAAAAAAAAGAAGAAGCAAGCCAAAAGUGGAAAGAAAAAUAAUGAUGAAGAAGAGCAACCUGAAGAACAAAAUGAAAAUGAUGGCCAAGAAGAAGAGGAAGAAGAAGAGGAGGAGGAAGAAGAAGAAGUACCCGUAAAAGUUUUAGUAGAAAUGAAGAAAAAAGUUGAUUUAAAGAAAAAAGGCAAGGUAACUGUCUUAAGUAAUAUAUUAGCUGAUAUGGAAGAAGGAGAUAGUGGUAUUGAUGCUAAUAGUCAAGGAAGUUGUAGCAGUACAGAUGCUAAAAAUGCUGCAACAACUACGCGAACUAUAGUUCAAUCUCAAAAUCAAACCAAAAAAGAUAAAAAGAAGAAAAAUAAAGAAAAUACUAUUGAAAAUAAAAAUAAUUUGCCUUCAAAUGGAAAAUUAUUAACGAAUUCAACUUCUACUCAAACUAAUGCUUCCAAAGUGAAUUCUACACAAACUAAAGCUAAUAAAGAUAAAAAAACACAUGGUAACUCAACUACAAAUAAAGUUACUACUAAUGUUAAUUCUUCAAAAUCAGAAAUAUCUCAAAAUACAGUCAAAAUCCUCCAGGUACCAACUUCAUCUAAAGUGAAACCUCAGCAGACUAAUAGCAAUAAUACUACUACAAAUACUCGCAAAGAAUCAGGAAAAUUAAAUAAUUUAAAGGGGAAUAAAAUAGUAAAUAACAUGGUUUUUGAAUCUACUCAAAAUCCUGCAGCACGUGAUGAUUUUGAAGCCACAGGAAAUGAAACCUUCCUUACUAAAAAUAAAAAACAGGUUGAUGAUUUUAAUCACACAAGUGCUAAAACUUCCAAUGUAAGCCCAGUCAAACAAACUCGAGGACGAGAAGAAGGGUGGAAAGAAGUUGUACGUACUCGGUAUCUUGCAUCACCUUACAGAAGUAAGAAAGUAUCUGUGCCACUGAAUGCAAUAAGUCGUGUUAUUGGACGAGGAGGAAGCAAUAUAAAUGCCAUAAGAGCCUCAACUGGAGCAUUAAUUGAAGUUGAUAAUCAAAGUAAAGGACAAGGAGAAAGAAUUAUUACUAUCAAAGGAUCAACAGAAGUUACCAAACAAGCUCAUGACUUAAUUGCUAUGCUUAUUAAAGACCCUGAAGUAAACAUAAUGAGUGUCAUAGCCAAAAAUCCCAAAGUAACUAGUGCUUGGGAUAAAUCUGUGAAUAAUGCAAAAGCUAAAAAUGCUGGUUUAAUGUCACAGAAACCUGCUGUGUGUCAACCUGUAUUAGUUUCAUCAUCAAAAUCAUCACAGGUACAACCUGUAAUUGCAUCAAUGACCAUAAAACCUUCCAUCGCUGUAAGUGGACCUCGUCCUACACUAGCUGCUGUAGCUGCAGGUGAUAAAAAGUUAAUUACCAGCACAGUUAAACCAACAAUGUCUUAUACGAAUGCUAUAAUAUCUUCUUCGGAUCCAACUCCUAAGUCUCGUCAACAACCAUCUCCUCAACCUUCAAAAGCUGUUCAAUCUGCUUCUUUAACAUCAGCAAUUACUACUUCUACAAUGUCAUCAUCAGUAUCCUCUUCAGCAACUAUAUCGGCACCUACAGUAACUAUGAUCAAAUCCACUAAUUUAUUACCACUCGCUCAACUUAAACCACAACAAGAGUUAUCUGCUCAGAAUCAUCCAGUAGCUAUAGUAUCACCAAUGGUUAGCAGUGCACCAUUACCACAACAACCGCAAAGUAAACCUCAAGUUGUCGAUGCAUCAGAAUAUUCAUUAUUUGAUUCAUUUUCUAAGAUAUCUGUUCAAACUAUGUGGGGAAGAGAUGGAGAAUGUACUGGACAAAAGCCAACUGUUACCUUUACUGGAGGUACUAACGUACCAGUAGUAACUCCAUCAAUUGGUGCGAUUGGACAACCAAAAAAAUACUUGGAAAGUGAACCUCCUAUGGCUGAUGCGUCCAAAGCUCCUGGCUACAGAGGAGCUGGUUUAUCAUCACCAAUAUCAUCAAAAACUGGAGGGACGACUUCUGGAAGUGUUAAUGGAAGUUGUAAUACUACACCUCCUAUGUGUUCUCCUGUAUCACAAUAUAAUUCAAAUUCAAGUGUUCAACCCGGUGUACCACAACCACAACCAGAACCUUACCAUUCACAAACCCAGCAACCUUAUAUGACUGAACAAAAUCAUCAAUCAUCUCAAAUAAAUGUUGAACGAUCGAGGUUGAAUCCCCGAGCUCCAGAUUUUGCUACAAUUAAAUCAAAUCAAAAUGUUGUACAACCUCAGCAAGUUUAUAAUAAUCAACUACCACAAAAUUUCCUUCAACCUCCAAUGGUGACUAAUAUCAUGCCAUAUCAACAAAAAUUUCAACAACAAUUACCUAAUUUGAGAGUAGCACCUAAUCCUAAUCAUAAUCGUUGGACGCAUUUUAUCAACCAACCACCACCACCUCCAUUUAGCCGUCCAACUCUCCAUACAGUAAAUGGAAAUGCAGAAAUAUUUGCAGGAUUAGAAGCAACAGUGAGUCCUCCAAAUAUGUCACCUAAUCUUGAUGAGCGUAAAGCCCCACCAAAACCUAUUGGGACUGAACGAGCAUGGAAACAAAAUCUUAUUGGUGAAAAUCCUCAUCAACAACAACUUGGGAAUUGGCCUGAUAUGAAAAUGCCAUGGGCUCAUCAUGAUCUUUUUCGAACACCUCCUCCACCUCCUAUUAAUUUUUCUCUUGGUCCAAGAUUACCAUUACCGGAUGAGCAUAAUAUUUUUGACACUUAUCAGUCCACUGAACAUCUUACAAAUGCUAAUUUAAGUCACCAUGCUGCAAUGAUGCAAACUAUGCCAUUGUUUGCUGCUAAUGGCCAUAUGGAACAAGCUCAUCACUUAUUAGCAUCUAAUCACCAUUCUGCUGGUCAAAUGACUUUUGAUCCUAAACUUGAAUGGGAUCAGUCUAGAAGUCAGCAACAACAAGCUCAACAACAGUCGCAACAGCAAGCUCCCAUGAAUACACCAUUUCCAUUUAUAUUUUAGCUAUCAAGC